AGGAAAAAAACCCGAAGGUUCUGAAAAUAGCUAACCGUUGCGUGGUGCGCAAACUAGAUGUUGUCGUAGCAGCGGUGCAGUUGGACUUUCUUAAAUUUAACCAUGGGAUCUGUAGUUUUACGAACUGGACAGCGAAUGCCCUUGGUUGGCUUGGGAACGUGGCAGGCUGCUCCUGAAGAAGUUGAACGGGCUGUCGAGGCUGCUCUCGAAGCCGGCUACCGGCUUUUCGACACUGCAUUUAACUACAACAAUGAGGGAGCUAUUGGUAAUUCGUUAAAACGAUGGAUAGAGGCCGGAAAAGUUAAAAGGGAAGACUUGUUUAUUGUGACUAAGCUGCCACACAUUGGUAAUCGUGCUAGUGAUGUACCAAAAUAUCUUGAUAAAUCAUUGAAACGAUUGCAGCUGAGCUAUAUUGAUCUUUAUUUGGUGCAUAUGCCAUUUGGCUUUAUUCCUGAUGCUACUGGUGAUGUCCCUGCUAUAAAUGCAGAUGGAAGUUUUGUACUGGACCUUAAAACAGAUCACAAUGCAGUAUGGAAGGCCAUGGAAGAACAAGUUGAUGCUGGUAAAACCAAAGCUAUAGGAAUAUCAAAUUUCAACAUCUCUCAGAUGGAACGUUUGAUUGUAAAUUCUCGUAUCCAUCCAGCUAAUCUUCAGGUGGAAAUGCACGCAUACUUGCAACAAAAAGAGUUAAGAAUAUUUUGUGAAACGAAUGGAAUUGUGGUCACAGCAUAUUCACCACUGGGAUCACCAGGAGCUAAGCAACAUUGGCAGAAGAAAUAUAAUUACAGCCCAGAAAAUUUUCCUGAUCUUCUGGGUCACCCAGCAGUGCAGCAAAUAGCAGAUGCACAUGAAAGGACACCUGCCCAGAUUCUCUUGAGGCACCUUGUGCAACAACACAUAGUUGUCAUACCAAAGAGUACCAGUCCAGAGCGAAUAAAGCAGAACUUUAAGAUAUUCGAUUUUGAAUUAACACCAGGAGAGAUGGAAAUAUUAAACAACUUGGACCAUGGAGAACAAGGACGUAUUUUGGAUUUUGGCUUCUUCAAAGGGGUUGAAAACCAUCCUGAGUAUCCCUUCAAGGGAACAAAGAAAGAUACUCAUAAUGCUGUCAACAAUGUUUUCUCAUCAGAAGAAAAACAAGUGGCUAAGCCACUUAAUGCCCUCUGUGUGCAAAAUGUUUGAGGAAUUUAGUACAAGGGCUCCCUGAGUCUCGGGGAGUGCCAGAAGAAGACAGCGAGUCGUGCCGUUGAAAUAUCGAGCAAGAACAACACAAACAACCAGCAGAAGACCCAUUUAUUCAACAUGUCAAGAAGAGAGCAUGUUUAGAAACUGAUGGUGGAAAGCAAACAAAAUCUGUUGAUAAGUUGUCAGAGAGAGCAGAGAAGACAAUGGAUAGUGCACUUUGUUGGCAGUUAUACACUUGAAGCAUGUACAUGAGUAAUGCAGUAUGGAACAUUUUGCAGUUUUUAGGAAAUCGACAAAAACUGUUAAUUCCAUAGAAUUAUUGGAUAUAAUGUAAUAGCAGAUAUGGAUUGUUUGUGCAUACAGACUGCUGAAAAUACAUCGUUGUGCUUCUUAAAAUGGCACU